AUGAUGGGGCAAAACAAAUGCAGCCUAUUCCUUCUUUUGGUUUCUAUAUUAUUUUUCAACUUGGAAAACAUUGUUCUGGCAAAUGAAGAUGCUAAAAUCCAAGUUUAUAUUGUUUAUUUGGGAGAAAGAAAACACGACGACGUGGAGCUCAUUACUUCUUCCCAUCAUGAUAUGCUUGCUUCUAUUCUUGGAAGUAAACAAGCAUCGGUCGACUCGAUGAUACACAGUUACAGACAUGGCUUCUCUGGAUUUGCAGCCAAACUGACAGAAUCUCAAGCACAAAGUAUUGGAGAGUUACCGGGUGUGGUUCAUGUCCUACCUCAUAGCUUUUACAAGGUGCAAACAACAAGGAGCUGGGAUUACCUUGGUCUCUCUCCUUAUUCUCGAGCAAAUCUCUUAUAUGAUGCCAAAAUGGGAGAUGACAAUAUGAAUGCAUGCAAAAUGAUGGGGCAAAACAAAUGCAGCUUAUUCCUUCUUUUGGUUUCUAUAUUAUUUUUCAACUUGGAAAACAUUGUUCUGGCAAAUGAAGAUGCUAAAAUCCAAGUUUAUAUUGUUUAUUUGGGAGAAAGAAAACACGACGACGUGGAGCUCAUUACUUCUUCCCAUCAUGAUAUGCUUGCUUCUAUUCUUGGAAGCAAACAAGCAUCGGUCGACUCGAUGAUACACAGUUACAGACAUGGCUUCUCUGGAUUUGCAGCAAAACUGACAGAAUCUCAAGCACAAAGUAUUGGAGAGUUACCGGGUGUGGUUCAUGUCCUACCUCAUAGCUUUUACAAGGUGCAAACAACAAGGAGCUGGGAUUACCUUGGUCUCUCUCCCUAUUCUCGAGCAAAUCUCUUAUAUGAUGCCAAAAUGGGAGAUGAUGUUAUAAUUGGUGUCUUUGACACAGGAAUAUGGCCAGAAUCCGAAUCAUUUAACGACAAAGGCUUGGGGCCAAUUCCAUCAAGGUGGAAGGGCUUCUGUCAGUCUGGACAGAACUUUGAUCCAGCAACACACUGCAACAAUAAAUUGAUAGGAGCUCGUUACUUCAUAGAUGGUUUUCUUGCUGCAAAUGGAAAAACAUUCAAUGCUACAAAAAUUAACGAUUAUCUGUCUGCAAGAGAUUCAGAUGGACAUGGAACACACUGUGCCAGCACAGCAGGUGGCUCUUUUGUAAAUAAUGCAAGUCUUAGUGGACUUGCCCUUGGUACAGUUCGGGGAGGGGCACCGAAAGCCCGGGUGGCCAUGUAUAAAGUUGGUUGGGAGGGUGGGGAAGUCUCAUCUGCUGACAUUCUAAAAGCCUUUGACGAAGCAAUUCAUGAUGGUGUUAAUGUAUUAUCAAUAUCGUUGGGUAUAGAUUUGCCCCUGUACCCAGAAGUUGACAAGCGUGAUGUGAUUUACUAUGGCUCAUUCCACGCUGUUGCCAGUGGGAUAAUAACAGUAUGUUCAGGGGGAAAUUCAGGGUCAGCUGCUGGAACAGUAGAGGAUGUGGCACCUUGGAUAAUUACUGUUGCAGCUAGUACUAUGGAUAGAUCAUUUCCCACAACCAUCGUGCUAGGAAACAAUCAAAAGUUCACGGGUCAAUCAAUGUACGUAGGAAAGGACACUGGCUUUGUCGAAUUGUUUUACAAAGAUAGAAACGAUCUAGAAGACCAGCGAUAUUGCGAAGAUAUAUCUUCGAAUGAUACAUGGGUAGCUGGAAAGGUGGUACUCUGCUUCACUUUAGAAGCAGAUGAGGGAGGCAUAAAGGAAGCUCAGGCUAAUGUCCUCAAGGCUGGUGGCUUGGGGCUUAUUGCGGCCAAACUAAACUUCAAAGCCUUGUCUUUAUAUUAUGAUACCACUCCAUGCAUUCAAGUGACAUUUGAAACCGGAACUCAGAUACUGAAUUACAUUCGCUCCACGAGUGACCCUAAGGUACGUUUGAAACCGACCAAAACUUACACUGGUAAAUAUGCCUCAACCUAUGUGGCAUCUUUCUCAUCUCGUGGUCCUAAUUCUCUUGCCCCAGCAGUACUAAAGCCUGACAUAGCAGCCCCAGGAGUUGAUAUAUUAGCAGCAUAUGUACCCUCUGAAGACAACCUAAGGGGAUAUGCCUUUGAAAGUGGAACGUCCAUGGCAACACCUCAUGUGGCAGGAAUUGCUGCUUUGCUUAAGUCUAUGCAUCCCAAUUGGUCUCCGGGUGCCAUUAAGUCGGCACUCAUCACAACAGCAUGGACAACAGACCCCUAUUCUGGAGAGCCAAUUUUUGCUAGGGGAGAUAUAACAAAAAUUGCUGAUCCAUUUGAUUAUGGAGGUGGAGUUACUAACCCAAAUGGAGCAAGAAAUCCUGGACUUGUAUAUGACAUGGGAACCCAAGAUUAUAUAAACUAUCUCUGCGCCAUGGGUUAUAACGAGUCUUCCAUCAAACAUCUUGCAGGCAAAAGCUCACCGUGUCAUGGUGGCUCUGCCAGUCAUUCUAUUCUUGACAUAAACCUUCCUUCCAUCACAAUUCCAAACCUCAAAGGUUCAGUCACUCUGAAAAGAACAGUUACAAAUGUGGGAAAUGCCAACUCCAAAUACCAAGCAAUUGUUGAUCCUCCUCGAGAUUACCACUGA